AUGCAGCUUUUGUCAGAGCCAUCCCGAGACAGCGAGGGAAAGACUUCUUACGAACCAGGAGCGAGCUCGGAGGCACCUCACGUCAAGCAACCAAUGCAGCUUUUGUCAGAGCCAUCCCGAGACAGUCUUGCAUGUGUUGCGAGACUGUCAUUUUGCCAGGAUUGGCUCAUCUCGAACCUCUGCCGUGAAGAUACUUGCCUAGCAUUCGGCCUGAACUGCUGGUCGCUUUGGAAGACCAGAAACGACCGCAUCUUUGCCGGUAAGGUCGUUUCAGCUGAAGCAUUUCUACAGCGCGUCCUGGCCUGGAUAGAUAUUGUGAAGAAUGCCAUGGACAAAGACAGGCUUGUUCACAUGCCUCGUCUGCCCGCUAGAACGGAGGUUGAGAUCUCUUGGAAGCCGCCACCUCCCGAGUGGGUUACCCUCAACACUGACGGCUCUGUCAUUCAGGAAUCAGGUCGUGCCUCGGCAGGCGGCCUGAUCAGAGAUCAUCGAGGAUGCUGCCUGGCAGCAUUCGCUAUGAACUUGGGUGUUUGCUCCAUCACCCGAGCGGAGUUGAGGGGCGCUAUGGAAGGGCUUCAGCUGGCUUGGAACUCAGGAUUCAGGCGGGUCCGAUUGGAACUCGACUCGCAGUGUGCUGUCCUCCUAUUGAGCAGUCGAGAUUACCCGGACCACCCCCAUGCAGCAAUUAUCCAUCGUUUUCAGGAGAUGAUGCAGUGUGACUGGGAAGUUACCAUACAUCACGUCUAUAGGGAAGGCAACAAAGGAGCUGAUUUCCUUGCUAAUUAUGGCCAUAACCUACCUGUUGGCCUCCAUCCUGUAUCUUGUUCGGUGCCAGAUUUCCAUCAGAUCCUCUUGUAUGACUGUCAGGGUCUCUCUGAGACUCGUUUGGUUGUGAAUGAAAGCUAG